GGUGAAAAGACCGUGUGGAAGAAGAUGAGGUUCAUAGUUGUGGACAUCAAAUGCGUCCACAACGCAAUUCUUGGAAGGCCAGGCAUCAAUAAGGUCGGGGCGGUGAUUUCCAUGCCCCACCUGUGCAUGAAGUUCCACACUCCAGGUGGUGUGGGUGAAGUGAAAGGCGAUCAGAGGAAUGCCCGGGAAUGCUAUGCCCGGGCAGUUAAGAAGAUGACCAAGGGGGUCAAUGUCAUCUCCCAAGAGAUCACAAAGGGAGAGACCCGGGAGAAAUUGGAGCCCGAGGCCGAGACGGUGGAAAUCGAACUUCACCCGGGUGAUUCUUCGAGGAUGGUCAGAAUUGGAGCAAAUCUCCUCGAGGAUCUCAAGGCACGGAUUACACGGGUCCUCCAAGAAUACGCGGGCAUAUUCGCAUGGAGCGUGGCGGAUAUGCCCGGAAUAGAUCGCUCUGUUAUCUGCCACCGGUUGGCCGUGAGGGAAGGAAGUCGACCGGUACGACAGAAGAAGCGGUACCUGGCCAGUGACCGGCGAGACUUCGUCAAGAAGGAAGUGAAGGACCUCCUCAGUGUUGACCUACCGGUCAACAAGCCCACUGAGCAAUGGUGGGAGAUGGAAGUUGAUGGGGCAUCCGGUCCUAGAGGAUACGGGGGUGGAAUCGUGUUCACCACCCUAGAAGGGUUCAAGAUUUACCAUGCAAUCGUCUUCAACUUCAAGCUGACGAACAAUGAGGCAGAGUAUGAAGCUCUGGCUGGAGGGCUCAGACUUGCCCAAGCCCUGAAAAUCAGCCGGGUCAGUAUCAAAUCUGACUCUGGCCUGAUCGUUGGGCAAGUGACCGAGUUCAAGAUCGCCCAAAUUCCCCGGGCGGAGAACGCGGAUGCAGACCUUCUCUCUAAAUUGACGCAGUAUGCUCCCGAGCAUGUUUCAAAACUUGCCCGGGUAGAGAUCCUUGACCGUGCAAACAUCGAAAAAUUGGAAGUCGCCGCCAUAACAGCAGCAAGCCAAUUUGACUGGUCAAACCUGGUUGGGGCGGACGACCAUUGGAUGUAUGAUCUGAUGGAAUAUUUGAUGGAUGGGAGCUUGCCAGAACAAGAUGACCGGGCAAGAAAAGUGAAGCUCACGGCACCCCGAUUCCAGGUUCUUGAUGGAAAACUGUAUAAAAGGGCAUUUGGGGGGCCACUCCUGAGAUGUCUAACCAACCGGGAGGCUGAGCGAGUCAUAGCGGAGGUACACGAAGGCGUAUGCGCGGCGCAUCAAAUGUCUUGUACGCUCUCCCAACGCAUCAUCUUAUUGGGGUAUUACUGGCCAACAAUUGUCCAGGAUUGUGAAAGGUAUGUUCAGAAAUGCAGAACAUGCCAAGUAUUCUACAAGUAUCCCGGUAGACCGGCGACCUACUAUCACCCCGUAUCGAACGUAAUCCCGUUCGCUAGAUUCGGGGUGGAUAUCAUUGGAGCCUUCCCUGUCGCCCAAGGAGGGAAGAAAUUCGUGAUCGUAGCCAUCGAUUACUUCACUAAAUGGAUCGAGGCCGAAGCAUUGACCAACAUUACCACGCAACAAUGCAAGAAAUUCAUUUGGAAGAACAUCAUCACGAGGAGGGCUCAUGGGGAAACUCCAUUCUCCCUAACCUAUGGGUGUGAAGCAAGGCUGCCCAUCGAAGCUGAAUUCCCAACGUUUCGGGAAUCAAAUUAUCAACCCCAACAAAAUGAAGAAGACCACUUGGCCGAGCUCAACUUGGUCGAAGAACGAAGAAUGUUCGCAGAGGUUAAAAUGAGUACAUACCAACAAGUUGUGAAGAAGUACCAUGACAACAAGGUUGGGCCGCGGUACUUCCAAGUUGGAGAUGAGGUCCUACGAAGAAGAGAAGCAAGUAGACCCGGCGAUGGAGGAAAACUGGCAAAAAACUGGGAAGGCCCAUACAGGGUUAGAGCCAUCAUUCGACCAGGAACAUACCGGUUAGAAAUUUUAGAUGGUGUACCGAUAGAAAGAACUUGGAAUUCCCACCAUCUUCGCAAGUUCUACAAAUGAUUGUAAUACUAGGUGAGGCCUAACUACAUUAUCAAUCAAAGUGAUGUUCAAUA